AUGGACCAAUUUCGAGCAGCCGGUCCGCAGCGCGAGAUUUUCUCAACGGCAGAAGACUUUGCUGAUGAUGUGAGUUUUUAAAAAUCCAAGUGCUUAUUUUGUGCAUUAGAAUUUACUUGACAUCAAUACCAGUCAAGACAAAUUUCUCCCAAUAAGGAAACGUUUUCCAGGUUUUCCGUCGCACUCGAACCUAUUUGCCGCACAUCGCUCGUCUGUGCCUCGUCUCAACUUUCCUUGAAGAUGGAAUUCGCAUGUGGUUCCAAUGGGAUGACCAGAAACAGUUUAUGCAGGUACCUAGUAAUAUUCAACAUAAUUUUUAUUUAUGAGGAAAAAAAUCUUAUUUUUAUUUCAAUCAACUUUUAUAAAAAAUCCAGCGCUACACUUGGGAACAAAAAAAAAUGUAGCCCGCUUCAUUAGAACAAAGGCUUUCACGAGAAAAUCAAUAAUUGGAACCUUCAUGACCGCUUUGUUGCUUAAUUGAAAAAGGCAAGAUAAAUAGAAGGUUUUAAAGCAGAAAAAGUGUUUCAACAUUUUCGUGAGCUCUAUCAGGUUCAGAAAAAAACCCCAGCAAAAAUAAAAGUUGAAAAAGCGAAUUAUAAAGUUCAAAAACGCGUGAAACUACAACAGUUAGAACUAGUCUCUAAGUAAAAGGAUUGAAACAUUAUUAUACUUUGAACUCAAUAUUUUACAUUUUCAACAUAAAGAGCUAUUAAUGUCAAAGCCUUCUCGAUCCUACGCCGCAAACAGAGCCCAGCUCAUCAAUUAGGCGUUGUAAAGUUGUUGCCGACGAGCCGUUCUGUCGUGUGUUGCACUUUGCUCGGUUUUAAUAUCCUCAACGAGAUGACCCUUCUUUCACACCAUGCUAAAAGUAACUGUAAACAUGAUUUAUUAUCCACUUGAUAAAUUACAGAAAAUUUUUUUUCAACAUGAAGUUCCGAGGUUUGUGGUGUAGUUUGGAUGAGAGGCUUAUUUUUUGGGCUCUGAUAAGACCUCAAAGAAUUUUUUUUUAUCUAGUCUGACAUUCGCAUUUCGCGAUAAUAAGGCGCUUUCGCGGUGAACGUCAAUCAAUGAACAUAAUUAUCAAAUUUACGAUUUCAUGGAAAAAGUUUCUGGGGAAACGAAUGAACUCUCAUGAAACAAGAAAUGAAUUGCUUCAACCAAUUUGAGUUUUUUCCAGGAGUCGUGGUCUUGCGGAUGGUUCCUAGCAACUUUGUUCGUUAUUUACAACUUCUUUGGUCAAUUCAUACCGGUGAUCAUGAUUAUGCUCCGAAAAAAGGUAUGCUCAAAUAAAAUCAAGGCUUUUGCAAUGAAAAAGUCAAGAUUAUAAAACUUUGAUGGCAGCUUCUUUUGUAGAGAGAAAGAAAAAAAUAUUGGUUGAAUUUUUUUCCGAGGCUUGUUUUUAGAUAAAAAAAGCAUUGAAAAAAAUGUCGCAUUUGUGGUAACCUUUUUGAACUUUUUUUCAAAAUAAAUGAUCUGAAAUGAGCUGGUGCUAAAAAAUCUCAUAUUUUCAGGUUGUGAUUGCUUGUGCUAUUCUCGGAAGUAUUGUCAUCCUUCAAACGAUCGCUUACCACAUUCUAUGGGAUCUCAAAUUCCUGGCUAGGUAAUUUUUACGCUAGAACAUUUUUUUUCAUAAAUGCUUCGUUUAGAAACAUUGCUGUUGGCGGAGGUCUCGUUUUGUUGUUGGCCGAAACUCAAGAGGAGAAGAAUUCGCUGUUCGCUGGAGUCCCAACCAUGGGAGACACUAACAAGGUUGAAUUUUCAGACAGUUAAAAAAAAUCAUUUUGUCGCAUCGAUGGAUUAGAAAAUGAUGGAAAGUGUGAAAAAAAUGAAUCGAACAACCAAAAAGAAAAAAAACGUUCAAAAUUUCAGAUGAAAUAAUAUUUUCAAAUGUUAGGUGUUUCAUGGAAGACAUUUUCAGCCCAAGUCGUACAUGCUUUUGGCCGGACGCGUCUUGCUCGUCUUCAUGUUCAUGUCCCUGAUGCACUUCGAGAUGAGCUUCAUGCAGGUAUUUCAAGACUUUUUUUAGUACCACUAAAUUCAAUUUCUUUGAGGUGAUCGAAAUCGUUGUCGGCUUCGGUUUGAUGACUCUCGUGACGAUUGGCUACAAAACUAAGCUUUCGGCCAUGGCUCUCGUCACGUGGCUCUUUGGUCUGAACCUCUGGCUCAACGCUUGGUACUUUUUCAGAUAGAAAAUCUCAUUGCAAAGGAGCUUUUUUCAGGUGGAACGUCCCCUCUGACCGCUUCUACCGUGACUUCAUGAAGUACGACUUUUUCCAGACUAUGUCGGUCAUUGGAGGUAAUUUCUGAAAUAGAAGCUCAAUCCUAAAAAGGGAACUUGUAGGUCUUCUAUUGGUGAUUGCCUAUGGACCGGGUGGAGUUUCUGUGGACGACUACAAGAAGCGUUGGUAA